CAAACUCUCUCUCCUCCCCCGCUCUCUCUAUCUCUCUCUUCUGUCAAAGAGCAGUCUCUCCGGUCUCGAUCGAGGCCAACGGUUGUUGUGGUGGAAAUAGGAGCGGAGGAAUGGAGGAACAAAUGGCGGUGGAGGAUACUGCAGCGAAGGAGGAGGUUGAGGUGGAGGAUUGCUCGUUCACGGUUUAUGAAAUCGAUUUUGACUACGAAUUCGACGCCCCCCGCUUUUUCGACUUUAGUCAAGAAGAGUUGCCGCUGGGGGCUCGCCAAGCGGAAGCCUGGUUCAACUCCGCCAGAAGCUAUCCUCCUUCUCCUUUUGUGUGCAAGCUAGUUCCAAAGGAGGUUAUCUUGAAGGAAAACAUACAGGUCUCUCCAAAAUCUAAAGGCAGGGAAGAAAUUUCUGCAGAGAGCAUGGAUGACGAAGAUGGACACAACAGGCAGAUUUCGACCACACAGCAUGACAACAGAAUAAUGUUCAAGAAUCCUACCGAGCAGUCAACCUCAGGUUUAACCUUUCACAGUCACACGGAAAACAGACCUGAUUCAAAAGCUCAGUUUUCCAAAAAGCCAUCUUUCCCUAGGUCUUCAUCUUUAAUGAUGCCAACAGCAAGUCAUCUGGCCAAGCAAAAUCAUCCUUUUCGAUCUGGUCAUUCUAGAUCAAUUUUUGAGAAAACCAGUAAUAAUUCAAUAAGCAUGAAUGGAGUUGAGAAUCAAGCAGCAAAAAGACAAAAGCUCGAGGGGGGUCUUCUGCGAAAGGUUGAGGGUGCAUCACAGCUGCAGCAAAAUAAUUUUGUUCACAAGCUGCCUAAGCGGGAGGGAUUAGUUGAUGGAAACACAGCUCAUACAAGGCCAAGGUUCACAAUUCCUAGGGAGCCAGAUCUUGAAACGGCACACAGGGCUCAAAGGAUAAGGUUCAGGCCAAAGAGUUCUAAAGAAGCUGAAAAGGUGACAUCGGCGGUCGGGGGAUUCAAAGCUCUCCCACUAAACAAGAAGGUUUUUGAAGCACCUUCAUGGAUUCCAAAGAGAAGCACCCCUUGUUUACCAAAAUUUCAAGAAUUUCACUUGAAGACUUCUGAGAGGGCUUUGCAACACAGCUCCACUAUUUCAAAUUCCAAUGCCCCUUGUAAUCAAUCUGAUAAGGUCUUGCAUAAACAUGCCAAUAGCUUACUAUCUGAGUUCGGAAAUAGAGAAUGCUCCCGAACAAACACUCUAAUUACUUCGAGGCCGGAUGAUGGUGAGUCUUCGCAUUGCUUUAAAGCUCUGGCCCUCAAUAAGAAGAUUUUGGAAAGCAAGGGGGAUGUUGGAGUUUUCCGAAAUAAUAAGAAGGAAGCUACAGUUCCAAUGGAAUUCGAUUUCCAUACGGGGAAGAGAUCUCAAUACAAUCCUCCAGUUGAACUUUUCAGCAAGCUUUCCGUGACAUCCGAUGCGCAGCGAACUGCUAAUUUUGAAUCCAAAUUGCAACCUUCUAUCAACCGAAUGUUGAAGGGCACUAAAGAGAAUAGAUGGGAUUGCUCCCAACAAGGAAACGAGAUAAAACAAACUUCUUCGAAACUGCCCCUACCAAGUGGGAUGCAACAGCUCAAUGCCGCUGAGGGAUCAAAUGGAGUUCAUAUUGCUGCUGGAAAUAACUGGAGUAAGAACAUCCGGUGAAUCCCAGACUACGCUUCCAAUGCGACAGUAGCAGCAGAUCAGCAUGAAUGGAAAUAGAAUACUACACAAACCUGUUAAAAAAAAAAUCAAUCCCAUUUGCUGGGAUGCAUAGUUUGGUU